AUGGUGAUCUCAGUCCGCCUCCUGUUAACCGUCGCGCAGCUCGGCCUCAUAGCUGGCUCAGCUUAUGCCGAGAAGGAAUACAUCUGGCCCGCCAAGACCGACCUCCUCGAAUCUAUGCUCUACGAGCAGCAGGGCUUCGGAUCCGCCAACUCUCCUGCAACAUUCAUCGUUCCCUGCGACAAAGUCACCUUUGGCAAAGGCCGCAAUGGCGCUGCGGAAUGGCUGCGCACAGCAUACCACGACAUGGCGACUGCCGACGUUGAGGCCGGAACAGGAGGUAUCGAUGCUUCGAUUGGGUUUGAAGUCAACCGAGACGAGAAUGUGGGCAUCGGCUUCAACGAGACACUGAUGAACCUGAUUGCGUUCCUGACGCCGCGUUCCUCCAUGGCCGAUCUCAUCGCUCUGGGGGCCCUCUUCGCUGCAAAUGGCUGUUCAAACGGCAGCGUUGAGAUUCCUUUCCGGGCCGGCAGAGUCGAUGCCACGGGCCCGGGUCCGUCAGGCGUGCCGAGGCCAGAGCAGCCGCUGGACGAGCACAUCAGCAGCUUCCAGAAGCAGGGCUUCACGCCGCAGGAGAUGAUUGGAUUGGUGGCUUGCGGACAUACCCUGGGAGGUGUUCACGGCGUGGACUUUCCCGAGAUUGUUGACGUGGCAACGGACGACAACACUCAGACGUUUGACACGACCAAUACGGGCUUCACGGCCUUUGACAACACCGUCGCCGUUCAGUACGUGGCCAACAACACGCAGAAUCCUCUUGCUUUCGGCCACAAUGUGACCACAAGAUCCGACGCGCGAAUUUUUAGCUCGGACGGAGGCGAGGAGAUUGGGCAAAUGGCAUCAUCUCCUGCCUACUUCUUCAAAAGGUGCCAGACUCUGCUUGAACGGAUGAUCAACACGGUUCCGAGGGGCGUCACUUUGACCGAUCCUAUCCAGCCCAUUCCCGUGAAGCCGUUGCGUCUGUUUGCUACCAUCAACUCCAACGGCACAAUGACCAUGUCCGGUUACAUCAGAGUC